AUGACCCCGGUUUCCCAAUCCCCCGCCAGCACACGAUUCGAGGGUAAUGAAUCUGGGCCAUAUCCUUCCCAUGCGGCUAAGAGAAAGCGUACCUCCGCGGCAGGCACCUCAGAACCUUCACCUCGCGAGAUUGGGUUUAUGAGAGAAUCUCGCAGCCACGGGUCAGCUAGCUUUAUUGGAAGCUCGAGUGGAAUUCAUUUUAUUCGUCAUGUUUAUGAUGCCUUCGCACGUCGCUCUGCAGACUUGGAUCAAGCUCGAGCCCGUGACGGAACCUCAGUGCCAGGAGAAGACGACCGGCUACGACAAGAUACUGGCAGCAUUCACGGCUCAGACAGUCUAUGGGCAGUACACGAACUAGAAUAUUUAUCUCGCCCCACCUUCGACGAUCUUAUUAGAUGCACACGCAGCUAUUUCGAGAAUUGGCAUCCAAUCUUUCCAUGUCUCCACGCCCCGACAGUCUUAAAAAGCCUUGAGGCUCUCAGCCAACAGGGAGCAAGCUCCUUGAGUCGAUUGGAGUUGAUGAUAAUCCGCUCCAUUGUGUCUAUUUCUCUCGGUGACAGUCGACAGACAGCAUCGUCCGAGUCGAACCCCCGUCCCGUUCCUUCCGUUCUAGUCUUUCGAUCCGUUCAACAUAUCAUGCAGGACGUACAAAGCCUCCUCGAGGAGCCUACUACUUUACCAUUGCUUCAAGCGGCAUUCACUGCCCAACUUGCACUCACCUCUCUUUUGCGGUUGAAUGCCGCCUCCAGGUUAGGGGGUGUCAUCACUCGCACUGCACUUCACCUUGGAUUGCACCGCUGUCCGGGCCGCUUCUCCUGUUUCAGCAGUGAAGAAAAAGAUAUUCGAUGUCGGUUGUUCUGGUCAAUCUAUUCUCUUGAAAGAUACCUUUCACAAGCCCUUGGCAUUCCGCUCUCUAUUCGAGAUGACGACAUCGACGUGUGCUACCCUGGCGCUGAGAGACAUUCUUCAACAGGCUCCAAAGCAAACGAUGACUACAAGCUGCGCUUACUGUGCCACAUGGCAAAAUUUGCACGUAUUCGAGGAUUGAUAGUCGAACUUCGCAAUAAGUCCAUUCUCCACAGUCACGCCAGUCAGGCUGACGCAGCACAUGUGACUGGGGAAUUGGCCCAAUGGUGGAAUGAAGCUUUUGACGAUGUUCACUCGGUCGAAGAGCCCAUCGAAGCUGACCAGGAGCGAGAGCCGAUUUUGCAACCAUACCAUAAGUUACUCCUGGUGGUCCUAAGGCACGAAGCUACAAUCUCGCUCAAUCGCCCUCUUCUAGCCUCCGAAAAGCCUAGUGCGGGUUAUAAGACCGCCUUGCAGACUUGCAUCGGAUCUUCCAGGACUAUACUUGUGGCUUUGAAAGACCACAUGACCUCCCACCCGGAAUCCCCGCUUUCCUGGCCAGGCUUCACAUGGUCCACUUGGAUGGCGUGCCUCAUUUUGAUGUUCGCUGCAUGGGAAGGAGAGCUUGCCACAUUAACAGCACUCAAAUAUGCUAGGAUUGGGAUAGCCAUAUUGGAUAAUCUAUCACUGCGUGGCAGUGGCUGGCCGGAGACUUGUAUUGAGGCAAUCAAGAGCAUGGAAUCUGCCUUGCAGACACAGACUCCUAGCGAGCAGCAAAGCACAGCUCCUACCAUAUCGAAUGGUAUUGGUAGAUCUGCUGAAGCUCAGACCCAUCCAACACCAUCGCGGGAUAGGCGCAUGUUUCACCACCCACCAGCGCAGGACGAAAAUACUGAGGUUGGCCAUGCAGGCCUCACGCCGGCCAGACCUCAGCCUUCGCUCUCGAAUGGACCUCAGGAUCGCCAUGCCCCUGCCGGGUUCCAUUCAUCUCGAUCCCCUCUUCACUCUCCGGCCCAAAACCUUGGCCACACGGGAAGUUACGACUCCGCCGCCUUUUCGCCGUCUAUCGGUAACUUCGCUGAAGUGCUGGAUCCUGCCGAGAACAGUUUCGUGCAGUCAUCAGCUGGGCUGAUAUUCGGCAACAUGGUAGAUGGAAAUGCUGCUUUCAAUCCGAGUUUUGCUGGUCAAGACUCUAUGCCGUUCUCGUCAUCCAUGCCCAUCAACGAUUUAUGGAGUGUCGCCGAUGGGCCAUGGAUGAUUCACAAUAGCUUUUUGUGA